AUGGGAAAGUCUACUCAUGACUGUGUUGCGUCGUCCGGCGUGAAGAAAGGUCCAUGGACUCCGGCGGAGGACCAAAAGCUCUUAGCUUUCGUUCAAAAACAUGGUCAUGGAAAUUGGCAAUCCUUGCCUCAGAAAGCUGGUCUUCAAAGAUGCGGCAAGAGCUGCAGGCUAAGAUGGAGAAACUACCUACGACCUGAUAUUAAGAGGGGAAAUUUCAGUUUGCUGGAAGACCAAACCAUCAUUCAACUUCAUGCUCUUUUAGGCAACAGGUGGUCGGCUAUUACUGCGCACUUACCAAAGAGAACAGACAAUGAGGUCAAGAACUACUGGCACUCUCGUCUCAAGAAACGACUGGCCUUGAAAGGCUAUGACCCUGUAACCCACAAGCCUAAGACUACCAUCUUUGGCUUCGCCAAUGGUUCAACUGAUGACCCAAAGACCGGCUCAAACCUCAACCACAUAGCUCAGUGGGAAAGUGCCAGGCUUCAAGCAGAAGCCAGAUUUGUGAGAGAUUCAGAAUUACACAAACAAGCUUAUCAUCCUUAUAACAAUAAUGAUAUUUCUGCUGCCUCAUCAAUAUUAUUAGGUCAUAAUAAGGACUUUGGGCCGACUGAUCAAUUAUUUGGACAAAACGCACCGCAAUGCCUCGACAUAUUGAGAGCCUGGGAAAGCAUCUUAAUGUCAAAUCACUCAAAAGCUGCAGGCGGCCAAGAUCAUGUUAAUUCAUUUGGUAAUCAUCUUGCCGGUGAUUUCGAGCCUCCGAUAAUAUCUGCAAUAUCAAGCAAUGGAUCAUUGAUGGAUUGUUUCUUUCAUGAACCAUGUGUCUUGAUCUCUUUGCAAUUCGCGGAUCGUUCUGUGAAGUACCCAAGAGGCAUUGUUGAAGAUGUACUUAUCCAUGUUGAUCAACUUAUCCUCCCUGCUGACUUCGUCGUCUUGGAUAUGAAGGAAGUUAAAAUUUCGGGUCGUAAACUCCCUCUCAUCCUUGGUAGACCCUUCAUGGCUACUGUAGGUAUGAAAAUUGAUGUUAAAUCUGGUUUACUGACCAUGAAUGUGCAAGAUACAACUAUAAAUUUUCAGGUCUUUGAAGCUUUGAAAAGACCCUUCGAUCCUUAUGAUUGUUUUCACAUCGAGGUUGUGGAUCAAAUUAUAGAGAAGACAUUCAUUGAAUCAAACUGCACAUAUCCUAUAGAGAAUAUUGAUACUUUGACGGCACAAACCAAGACUAUUGAGGUGAUGUACCUCGAUGACCCCCCAGAUAUGUGA